CGGCGUCACAACUCGCAGUGCAAGUGGCGACGAUUAAUCCGUCUGUCUGAUUUUGAUGUUUGGUUUUAGAAGAAAAUGGCAGUUCUAUUUUUUUCUAUUCAGUAAUGAUUUAAGUUUUCCAAUAUAAAUAAAUAAAGUCAUGGAGGACUAGCUCAAACGUUUUUCGGUUUCGAAAAGUUUACAUCAUGGCACCUCUUCGUGAAGGGAAUUCUAAAAACAAAGCCUGUGUUAAGCAGGCUAUGACGGUUUCUGCUAACCAAACAGCUCAGGGACCUUCUACCCCUAGAGUCACUGUGAAAGAAGAUAUUAAGGAGCCAGAACAAAGUGUAACUUAUUUUGUGGAUGAAGAGGGCAGAUACUAUUACCAGCCUUCUGUGGACAAUGAAAAUAUUACCAUGACUAUUGCUAAUGCAAAUGAUUCUGAACAAAAGCAUAUAAUAGUCAAUGAAGAUUACCAAACAGUCACAUUAGUUCCGUCGGAGACUGAUAUGGGUGAAGUCAGCUAUGUGCUGGUGGUUCAAGAUGACAAGCAAGUUAUGAAUAUUAAUAUAAAGGAGGAGAAUGAAGGUGAUGUUUAUACAUUUGAAGAUGAAGAAGAAAUAACAGAAAAAGUUGAUGAGCCUUCAGAUUCCUUGGCUAAGCCAAAACGCAAGCAAAAGACUUCGCGGCCUAAUUAUAAUUGCAAUUAUUGUAAUUAUGUGAGUCACAGAAAGUAUUUGCUCUUAAGGCAUAUGAAGUCACACUCAGUUGACCGACCAUUUAAGUGUACAGUUUGUGAUCGGGCAUUUAAGACCCGGGUUUCGCUGAACAAUCACACAAACACUCACAAUGGUAUCAAGCCUCAUAUUUGCAAAUAUUGCAGCACACCAUUCACUACUUCAGGUGAGCUUGUAAGGCAUGUUCGCUAUAAGCACACCCAUGAGAAGCCACACCGUUGCACUCAGUGUGACUAUGCCUCGGUGGAACUGUCCAAGCUAAGGAGACACAUACGCUGUCACACUGGAGAGAGGCCGUAUCAGUGCCCGCAUUGCACAUACGCUUCACCGGAUACGUUCAAAUUGAAACGUCACUUGCGCACGCACACCGGCGAGAAGCCAUACAAAUGCGAUUCUUGUAACAUGUCUUUUACCCAAUCCAACUCGCUGAAAGCACACAAACUUAUCCACAAUGUGUCGGAGAAGCCAGUGUACGCAUGCGAGCUUUGCCCGGCAAAGUGUGGACGUAAAACGGAUUUGCGUAUUCACAUUCAGAAGUUGCAUACAUCAGACAAGCCCCUUAAAUGCAAGCGUUGUGGGAAAACCUUUCCGGACCGAUACUCUUGCAAGGUUCAUAAUAAGACCCAUGAAGGCGAGAAAUGCUACAAAUGCGAGCUUUGUCCCUAUGCAUCGACAACUCUUCGACACUUGAAGGCCCACAUGCUCAAACAUACUGAUGAAAAACCGUUUGUCUGCGAUCAAUGUAACCAAUGCUUUAGGCAGAAGCAGCUUCUUCGUCGUCACCAAAACUUGUACCACAACCCUGAUUAUUCGCCAAAACCACCCAAAGAGAAAACUCACGUUUGCCACGAGUGUAACCGCAGCUUUGCACACAAGGGCAAUCUCAUUCGUCACUUGGCUAUUCAUGACCCUGAUUCAAAUCAUCUUGAGCAGGCGUUAGCUCUAAGAAUUGGCAGACAGAAGAAACUUAGGCCAUACCCGGAAAAAACAAUACGCGAAGAGAAUUCCAGUCUGCUUCAAGAAGAAGUUGUUAAAAUAGAAGUGGCCAGCAAUGAAAAUAAACAAGAUGAAAAUGUGGAAAUAACUGGUGAAGAAAAUCAAGAGUACGUGGUCUUAGAGGUCAUACAAUUGGAAGAUGGGUCUGAGCAACAAGUGUGCCUCAUCACACCGCAUUACUCUGACAUGGAGAGACGAGAAGAAAGUGAUUCAGUAAACGCUGAUGAUAAUUCAGAAGGCAACCAAGAAUUAUUCUACAAAGAACAACUAAGAAAGACAAUCGAACAAAAUUUGAAAGCAGAAAAAGACUUAGAUACUUGCUUUGGAUUUGAUGAAGAAGAAGAAGAGGAAGAGGAGACUGUACCCAAAUUUGAGCCACCGGAAAAUAAAUAUUAUAGUCUCCAGUAUGAGUUAAGCGAUGAAGAAGAUUUUCCACUUCAGUAUGAGUCAAGCGAUGCAUCUGAAAAAGAUGGUGAGUAAUGCCUUCAAGGUAAAGUGUCUAAGCGUUUAGUACACAAGUAAUCAUAAAGUAUGUUUAAGUUAGAGCAAUUGAAUUGGGGACCGAGAAAUGCCUCAAAAAGCUGAAUGAACUCACAAAGGUGCAUAUCCAAUGUUUUUAUUUAUUUUUUGUGCUUAGUUCUUUAUGAAAGCACACACAUUCUUCAUCCUAUCCAUAAAUUGUUCUACCUUGUUUAUUCUUCAAGAAUUUCUUAUAAAUGCAUGAUUAUGAGUAUUCAGGAUUAGAUAACGUUUAGGAAACUCAAAAAGCGCGUUUGGUUAAAUACAUAUCUGCACGUUCAAUUGUUUUCGACAAAUUUUAAUAUUUUCUUAUAAGAGAAAAACGGGAUGGAGGCUCUACUGUAUCUUCCUAAACCAGUUUGCCUGGUUGUUCUAUCGAUUUAGGGCCUGAAGGUUUAAAUGGACCAAAACAAUCAUUAUUUGAUUUCUUUAAGAUCUUUCAACAAAAACAUUUGGAUAUGCACUUAAAAUUACAUAUUUGUUUCACCUGCAAUGUAUAAAAAAUUGUUAUUUCAAUGAUGUUUACAAUUAUAAACUGUUCAUUUACAAUCAAUGUGGCCUUUGACAAACCAAAAAUUUAUCAAAUCAUUUAAAAUUGUUUAUUUACAAAUAUUAUGUACUAAUCAUUUACAGAUCAAAAAACAGCGAAAUAAUCAUAUAGUUAUAGUUAGUUUUGGUAAUGUAAUGUAAAUAUUUAAUACACAGAGACAGAAUUUAAAAAAGGUUAUCUGUGUCUGAAACUCCUGAAUAGUGUUAUGAUGCUUUAUAUAAUUGCAACUUAUAAGAGCAUGGAUGAUUCAUUGGUAUCAAUAUAAUCAUGUUUUUACACAAAAGCUAUUUUAGAUUAAUACACAAUUCAUAGACUUGAUGUAGAAAGCUUAAAGCAAACAUAAAAUUCAAGAAACUUGUUAAAGAGCACAGUAUAUUUAACGGGUUUUUUUUUUAAUAUCUGGUAUGUAGUGGUGGGGUAUUUCUAUGAAACUUGUACUAAUAUCACUUCUCAAAAUGGUUGUUCAUUAAGCAAAAGAGAAUUGUUGUUGUCGCAUUUUGAGUAGCUUCUGUGUAACCUAAUCUAUGAUUAAAUUAUUUACUUAGAUAAAAAGCAGACAAAAUGUAAUAUGAAAUUUUAUUUUUAAAUUUUUAUUGACUUAUUUGUCGAAUUUUAAAUUUUUAUUGACGUCUCAAGUACAAUGAAAGGCGCUUCAAAUGUAACACCUGUAAUCGCCCUUCAUUGUAAAUAAAAGGUAAAUUUAGCCAAUAACAAUAGUAUAUGUAUAAUGCAUGUGGAAAGUGUAAAUACGUAAGUUAAUUGUAAAUUUAAUUAUGUAUUGCUAAUAUAUCUUUUCGUUAGAUACUUUAAAAUCGACUAUAACCUAUUCUAUUCAUACUACUGUUACUUUCACUUAGCCAUGGGCAUUUUCAAUAAAAAUCACAACCCAAAAAAAUGUUUAGUAUUAAUAAGCGUCUAUCCGUUGUGUAAUAAUAAGAAAGUUAUUUAAUAAAGAAAUUUAGUGUC